AUGAAGAGUCACCGCCCAUCCCUGAGUCAAGUCGCCAAGGCAGCAGCGGCCAACAGCGGCAGCAUCUCAAGCUACGUGUCGAUGGGCACCGACUCGACGAGAUCGAUCUACGCGACACAAGGGAGCGCAAGCUCGAAGAGCAGCCGAGGAAGCAAUCGGAGCGGCCGAAGCAAGGCAAGCUCUGGGAGCAGAGGCAGCCGUGCCGGCGCGUCAGGUCGACUGGCUACCACCAUUCCCGAGGACGCAGCUGUCGGUGCUGCCGGAGUGCUCGCCCUCGGCGCGAGCGCUGCAGCUGUGUAUCACGCCCGUCGGUCCCGCAACAACACUGACGAGACGGAUAUUGCUGUCCCGAGAACUAGCGCUGCUGGGUCCGCCACGCCACCCGCAGGUAUCCCUCGCUCUCUCGAAGCUGCCGGCCCGUCGGGUGACAUUGGCGAGUUCGGGACACGCAUUUUCAUCAGACAGCCCACUGGAGAGUCCGAGGCCGACCACCCUGUGCCCUCCUCCAUUGGCCGGCCGUCGUUCUCGGAACGCAACACCAGUGUCGGGACAUUUGGAACGCCGGUGGAAGAGGACUCGCGCGGCUCGUCAGACUACCCCAACUUCCCCGUCUUCGCACGCGGCAGGACAUCAAUAUCAAGCCUCCCUGCGACCUCAUCCGUGCCAGAGGACAACUCCCCAAUGGGUUCAAUCACCAGCCUGCAAACGCAUGCCGGGUACCUCGCCCCAGCCAUCAGCGCUGGCGCUGCAGCUGCGGGUGUAGGUGCCGUCGCUGCUGGCGCGGCUGCGGCCCGCCACGGAGGUUCACAACCUGGCGAUUCACCGACCCGUUCGACCUCUGCGCUCGUAGUCCCUACGGGCGGUAUCCGCCGCGAGAGCACCCCGUCACAUCUCGUUCCCGGUGCGGUGCCGAUCGACCCAGGAUCGGGAGCACUGCUCUCGCCAUUCGGCCAGGUUGGCGUUGGGCAGCUCGCGACGCCUCAGACGGCCGGCAGUGGCGGCAGCUCUAGCGACCAUGGACGCCGUCCUGCUCCAAGACAGCACCCGCUCGCAGUACCUGCAAAACGGAGUAGCGGGCAGUCGGAAGGCAAGCGAGCCAGCGGGCAGACGGACAAGAGUGACCCUGCGGCACCCAUUGCGCCGGCACGCGUCGCACCCGCUCUUGGACCGGGAACACACAUCCAACAACGUCAAAUGUCGCGCUCAGUUGGCGACCUCAUCAACACGUCGGCCUCAGCGCCAGUUAGCGCCCACGACAGCAGCCUUUCGAGUGGUGAGGCGACUGGCGGCGGCCGACCCCGCGUGGCCGUCCUCGACGAGUUUGGUGUUGUUCACGAGUCGGCGAGCCGGUCGGCGCCUCUCCUCAGCCGGACGUUGUGGUCGACGGGGAACUCUGGUAACUCUGGCCAGUCAACGGGCACUAGUGCGCUGGGUUCUCUAGGCUCAGUGUCCGAGUAUGUCCGUGGCCGCAUCUCCAAGCCAGAGAUGGUCGAGCUGCCACCUUCGCGCCAGACCAGUGCUGGGAACAGCUCGGGGUCUGAUCCACCACGAGUGGAGCGUCCGCUACCUCCUCUCCCAACGCUUCCGGCCGACCCCACCGGCUCGCCCUCAACGCCUCGGGCCACACUGGCACCAGCGUUCAGAAGAGUCGGGGGCAGGCGCGGUAUGGCUGAGGGUGAGGAAGCGCUACUCAGGCCACCGCGCCCCGAGGACGACGAUGACGACGACGACACACCGCGCCGCCAAGCCGGUUGGUCGCCCAAGUGGUUCAAGUGGAGCCCAAACAAACGAGGAUGA